AUGACCGGUAGAGAAAUUCUCCACAAGAUGAAGGAAUCCGUCAAGGAGAAAGUUGGGCUUGGUGCAUCUGCUUCUUCUGCAGAUUCAGGGAAAGGUAAGAGCAAGAUGGCGAAGCAGAUCACACAUGGUUUUCAUUUGGUGAAAGGGAAAGCGUUUCACGAGAUGGAGGAUUACGUGGUUGCCAAAUUCAAGGAAGUUGAUGACAAUGAGCUUGGUCUGUUUGCUAUCUUCGAUGGCCAUCUUAGCCACGUGAUUCCUGACUACUUGUGCUCCCAUUUGUUUGAGAACAUCUUGAAUGAGCCGAAUUUCUGGCAAGAGCCUGAGAAAGCGAUAAAGAAAGCUUAUUAUAUAACGGAUAAAACGAUUCUGGAUAAGGCAACUGAUUUGGGGAAAGGAGGUUCUACUGCUGUGACUGCGAUAUUGAUCAAUUGCCAGAAGCUAGUGGUUGCGAAUGUUGGAGACUCUCGAGCUGUUAUUUGCCAAAAUGGUGUUGCGAAGCCACUCUCAGUUGAUCAUGAGCCGAACAUGGAGAAGGAUGAAAUCGAGAACAGAGGCGGAUUCGUUUCUAACUUUCCUGGGGAUGUUCCUCGAGUUGAUGGUCAACUGGCAGUGGCAAGGGCAUUUGGUGAUAAGAGUUUAAAGAUGCAUUUGAGUUCAGAACCAUAUGUCACGGUGGAGACAAUUGAUGAUGAUGCAGAAUUUCUUAUCCUAGCAAGUGAUGGACUGUGGAAGGUCAUGUCAAACCAAGAAGCCGUUGACUCGAUUAAGGGAAUAAAAGAUGCGAAGUCUGCAGCAGAGCACCUUGCAGAGGAGGCUGUUGCAAGGAAAAGCUCAGACGAUAUCUCAGUCGUCGUCGUGAAAUUUCAGUGACAUUAGCUUUUGGUCAGUCUUCUUCUCUCCUUUUUGGAGAUUCUUAUACCUUACUUCAAUCUGUAUUAUAAGCCUCUUCAAUUAGGCAUUUGGUAAGGAAUAAAGUCGAGAUUCGAGA